AUGAGCGACGCGAAUAAUAACAUUACUAACUACUCUUUGAUUCUCCCGACUAACGGGUAUUUUUCUCCGGAAGUGUCCAAGGAUGAGAAGCCUCUCCAACGGCGGAUAUUUGGUGGUACUUCGGUGGAGGGGGAACCUUCGAUCGGCUGUGUGGAAGGAGGUCAUGGCUUUGAUGAUGUGUUCAUGACGCCACUGGGAGAGGAGGAGGAUGUCGGAAGUGGCGAGAGGAGGUACCCAAGGAUGGACCUGGACGGCACUAUCUUUGAAGAACACCUGUUGAGAAAGUUCUCGAAUAGUGUUUACAACCAAUUCCUCGAUAGCCAGGAGUUCUACAGGAUGGGCUGUGAUCCCCUGCAUCUGAUAGUUGCCAACAACGACCGAGUCCUGCGCGAUAUCGACGUUACACAAGGGGGAGCUGUCGUCUCGGAGGCCACGUACUCCUGGUCGGUGAAUCACGUCUCUGUGAACCCUCGAGACUCUCGCGUGUUGUGCGCCUCGGGAGACGACAAGGCUGUUAUAAUAUCGGACCGUCGGAAUUCGUCCAAGUUGCAGAGAGCGAUGGUGUUGAAAGGCCAUCUGGACUACGGCUUUUGUUCGACAUGGCAUCCAGACGGCAAUCUGCUGGCCACUGGGAAUCAGGACGGCACUUGUCGUGUAUGGGACGUACGCAAUCUGAAGCAGGAGCAACCACUGAAAUCGUUGGGUACGGUAUUGGGGGCGGUCAGGACCUGUCAUUUCUCUAGAGAUGGGAAGUUUCUGGCUUUUGCUGAGCCGGCUGAUUUGGUGCAUGUUGUGGACACCCAGUCGAACUUUACGUGCGAGCAGGUGGUUGACAUAUUUGGCAACGUAGCGGGUUUGGGCUUCAGCCCGGACUCGAGCAGAUUGUUCAUCUCCGUCAGCGAUUCCCUUUUCGGGUGUUUGAUGCAGUUGAAUCGAGAUGUGGUGACGAGCCCUGAAAGCCUGAGUUUUUGA